AUGGUCUCUACUACGAUCAACUUCUCCGGCCUUAUGUGCCUCGCCCUUGCUCUCGGCCCUGCUGUCGUCCUCUCUGCUCCCCAGCUGCCCGCUCUACCAUUCCCCGACAUUAUCAACCACGGCCCCGAGACCACCAACCAGGGCCCAGAUAACAGCGAGACCUCCGCCGGCAGCGGUGUCAAUAUCGGCAUCCCAGGCGGUCCCUAUGUGAACGUCGGUGCUGGGUUCCUUGGCUCCCACCGCGGCCCCUGUGGCCCUGGGUCAGGCGAUGACCAAGGCGCCGGCGCCGGUGUCGAUGUUGGUAUCCCCGGGGGCCCUCGAGUCAACGUCGGCAAUGGCGAGUUUAGCCACCAGGGAGGCUACCCUUGCCCUGAACCUCCCGCUAUUGUUGUCGUGCCUACUACUACCACUGCCAACCCUCCCCCGGUUGUUGCUGUGCACACCACCACUGCCAACCCUCCCCCGGUUGUUGCUGUGCAUACUACCACUGCCAACCCUCCCCCGGUUGUUGCUGUGCAUACUACCACUGCCAACCCUCCCCCGGUUGUUGCUGUGCACACCACUACUGCCAACCCUCCCCCGGUUGUUGCUGUGCACACCACCACUGCCAACCCUCCCCCGGUUGUUGUCGUGCCUAUUGCCACUGUCAAUCUUCCCACCGAGAUUGUUACUCCUCCCGUUGAGACUGCCCACCCUCCCACAUGGAGUGAAAUUCCUACCAUCCUUCCUCCUACCUUCACCACCCCUAUCUCUGGCCCGCUCACCACUGUCCCUGCUGUCUGGGCACCCUUGCAGUCCUCCGUUCCUCUGAUCCACCCCGCCGUGCCUACCGCAUCCGCUUUGCCUUCUGCUGUGCCUUCUGUUCCUGUCGUGUCAGUCUUCAACGCUGGCUCAUCUCUGGCCCCCGGAAUUUUCCUCGCAGUGGCUCUUCCCAUUAUCCUGGCUUUCCUUCAGUAA